CCAGAUUCCUUAAACAAAAAAUAUCCCAAACGUAAUUUGGAAAAACCAAAACCUGUUUAUGUUGAAAGUGACGAAGAAAUUAUUGAAGAAUUAGUUGCGAAAACUAAACCCCUCCCUACCCCAGAAAUGACGCGAGAAAAAGAAGAGAUUUACGAGAAUACUCGGAUCGCGAAAACGAACAAUUAAGAAUUCGUAUGAACCCCUAUCCAAAUCCAGAAAAAACGGCUAAAAAGAGAAGAUACUUCCAGCAAAAUUCAGAUGAUGAAUCAGUAAGCAGUAGUGCUUCAGAUUUACCAGAAAAAUCCUUUAAAAUUGAAUCGAAAUCAAUGAAAACAAACAUUAUUAAAACACAAAUACCAAUUCAGUAUAGGCAAGCCAAUAUUGCGUAUUUUGUUUCAACUAAUGGGUCACCAUGUGAUGUAGGUGCUAAAAGGUUAAUACACUGGAGACUCCAUCCAAUGUGACUCCAUCCAUUGGACACGUUGGUGGCGCGGCGCGGUAAAACGUCGGAGGGGGAAAAGUGGGCGUGACUAAACUCAGAAAAUAAUAUUCAGUAGCGUCUGUUUAAAGUGUAUCAUUGACAAGUCCAAAGUCAAAAUGGUCAAUAAAAUAAAAAAAUUAUUGUUGACGUUUCAACAGCACUGCUGUCCUCAUCAGAAACUAAAAUAUUUAUUAAUGGAAUAAAAAAUAUUUAUUAAUAAAUAAAAUUUAUUAAUAUUUUACUGUAUCAGUGAAAGACCCCAUCUUUUUUAUUGGUAGUACAGCCCUGAAUAUUUACGGUUUUCGGCGUAGAGGUUGCGUCAAGUACGAACUCCAUCGACUGGACUAAGACUCGAGCCGUCCAGUGGAUGGAGUCUCCAGUGUAGAACAUAAUAAAAUUACUUCCAUUCAAUCUUUAUUAUUAGGUGAAGUCCAAGAAAUUUAAAGAAAAAAUAAUAGAUAUUUAAUUUCCUUAUGUUUGAAGGACGAAGAACACCAAUCCUUGUUAAUAACAAAAGAAAGAAUAAAGAAACUUUUGGAGAAACUUAAAAAGAGAUUAGAAAGUUUAAAUCAAAAAGAAAUUUCUAUCGCUAAAAGUGAAACUAUAGAAAAUUUUAGUUGGGAAGAAAUUUUUAAUUUGAUCAAAUUAACCUUUUAUAACUCAAAAAUUAAUGUUCUAAUUUGUUAUGGUACUGUUACUUAUGUACCUUUGGAGAAACGCGAAGAAAUUUUCUAUGAAUUCCAUAAAUGUCCUAUAGGGGGACAUAAAGGUGUCAGCAAGACAUAUAACAGAAUUCGACAGAAAUAUUACUGGGAACGACUAAAAGACGACGUCACAAGACGGAUACAACAAUGUUUAGACUGUCAAUUAAAAAAAUUAGUUAGACUCAAAACAAAACAACCUAUGGUUAUAACUGAUACCCCAGGAGUAGCUUUAGAAAAAAUUGCUAUGGACAUUGUAGGUCCUUUAAAGAAAACUCAGAAAGGAAAUGAAUACAUUUUAACUAUUCAAGAUCUAUUUUCAAAAUUUUGUUUAGCAGUAGAACUACCGCAUUUCAUCCUCAGUCCAAUGGAUCCUUAGAAAGAUAUUGAUAAUGAAUGGGAUGAAUGGAUUGAUAUCGCGAUGUUGAGUUAUAACACUAGCAUUCAUGAAAGUACCAAACAUACACCCUAUGAAAUAAUAUUUGGUAAAUUGGCUCGACUUCCCUCGAACGUUCCCUUAAGAGAGGACGAUUUAGUCCCCACUUUGAAGGUUACGUUUCUGAAUUGGUUACUAGGCUUAAUGGCAUCCAGAAAAUUGUAUAUCACAAUAAAAACGUAUCUAAAGAAAAAUCAAAAGGAUAUUAUGAUAAAAAUAUUAAUCCUAAAAUUUUUAAAUUAGGUGAUUAUGUCUUUUUAUUAUCCGGACCUUUGCCAGGUAAAUUUGGCAAUCAUUACUCUGGUCCUUUUAAAAUUAUAGAAGUUUUAAAUAAAAAUAAUAUUAAAUUACAAAUAGGAAAAAAUCAUAAAAUAGUGCAUGCAAAUACAUUAAGAAUUUCCCACAUUAAUUUAGAAAAAAAUAGAGGUCAAUAUGAUAAAAAUGAUUAAUGCUUCUUCUUCUUCUUUCUUAAAUUUAUUAUUUUAUGAAUAAAUGACUAAUUAGUUAAAAAAGUUUUUGUUACAGAAAUGUUGCAGGUUAUUAUAACAUGUAUUUUUCUUAUUUCUUCUUCCCAAGCCUUAAUUGGUUAUGACUGUGGAUCUGGUAAUUUAAACAUUACCACCUUAUCCUUAAGAGAGGUGGGGAAAUGCAAUAUCCCUGUUACUAAUGUAAGUGUACAAGAAAAGUAUAUACAAUUAUUACAAAUCGAUAAUUUUAAUGAGGUCCUCGUCAAACAGUGAAAAAUAGAAAUACAUAGAACUAUUUAUGAUUGUGGUAUGUUUUCCCAUAUAUCGUUAGUUCAAAACUCUGAAAAUGAAUAUAUUUCUGAGGUGAGUGAGAGUGCGUGUAGAGAGGUUCAUAGCACAGGAAUUAUUAAAGUAAAUGAUAAUCACUUUGUUAGGGAUCUAAAGAUAAACACAACAACUAGUCACUCUGUAACUUUUGCCGGAACCGUUACUGACAAUAGAAAAUGCGAAGGGGGGAAAUCCUUAUGGCGAUUGGGAUGUAAUAAUUCUUCCAUAGAAAAUAAUGGAGAUGAUAAGGAAAAGGAAAAUGCUGCUCGAGAAACAAGAAAUCGAGAGAUUGAGGCGCAAAGUAAUUAUUUCACUAUAUAUUUUCUUUAACAAUAAAUAAGACUAAAAUACAAAAUGACAGUUGAUUUGAUAAUACUGUGCGACAGUGAAAAUAUACUUUCAUGUAGACCUAGCGCAACUUGUAGGUAUAGUGAAACCCUCAGGCCAAUCCGGUGGAGAGGAGUAACCGUACCCUCAAAACCAUGAUAGCGACGUUCGUUGUUGCGGACCAUUGCGACUGGGACAAACAUGUCCACUAGUUCCGGCAUGCGGUUAACACGGCUGAGCAGUCGUCGACUAAGGCGUCGUCCGCGUUCUUAAAUUACGGUCGUCAUCCAGAGCCGGUUAAGAGUUUGCGUCGCGAAGUCGAGAAAGUCAGCGAAAUUCAGCGUCUUGAUCCGGAAUUAUGGGUCAAUCGUAUGAAGCGUUUGGACGCUUUGCGCGAUCUAGUAGCCAGAUUCAUAGAUUCAGCGAGGGAAAAGCAAACGGCUCACUAUAAUCGAAAUAAGCGUGAAGCAGUUUUCAGCGUCGGCGAUCGUGUUUUAUGGCGGACACAUAAGUUGUCUAAUGCGGCUCAAAGGUUUUCGGCCAAAUUAGCACCUAAGUAUGAAGGUCCGUAUGAAAUAAUAAAGCAGCUGCCAGCGUCGGUUUACGAGUUAAAGUCCGAAGAUAAGCGCCGUGUUGCUAAGGUCCACGUUUCCGAUUUGAAACGGUUUAUACCUCCUCGUUGUAGGCAUUCUUAGGAAAUGGGAACUUGAUGUUCGUUGAUUUCAGGUGUUGGAUGUCAGCGUGCCGUCGGGAGUCGGCAAGGAAGGAUCAGCGUCACACUUCAAAGGGUGCAAUUCGUAGACGCGAGAUGUGGAGGAGUUCCGCUGCACACCGUCGACAGUUGUCGGGCCGUCGAGAAGUGGCUCACCGUAGCCUUCCCGAGUUCCCACCACCAAUGGAUGUCGCACGGAAGUACCUCUUGAACGAGAUUGCGGAGACUAGCAGGACUUCGUCGCCAGGUGCUUCCGGGGCAGUGGGAGGACUGCCGUCAGCGUCAGUGGAUAGCGUCGUAACGCAGUCUCUCGGCGCUAUUUCCAAAACGUCGAGCAAAUUGUCGAAGUCAGCGGUCAAACCCAGUGUCCUGAGCGACGAAAGGGUCCAGAUUCCGUUGAAAAGGUUGAGUGAGAGUAAAGAGGCUCAGGAAAGUCGACGCGCAGUUGCCGAAUUGGAGCAAGUUCUCCAGGGAUCAACUUCUCCGCGGGCAGGGUCCAAGGUGGAUGAGUUAAGGACCAAACAAAGAGAUGAAAUUCAGCGUCGGAAGAAGGGCCACCUUUGUAGGGAGGAUUUCGUGUCGCCUAGGCCCUCUACACUAGCGACAUGGGUUGUCCCCGCAAGGUUGUCCACAGAUUUUGAACCAGGACCUCCAUCUCGGUCCCCUAAAGUGACCUCUUCUAGUCAGCGUCGUUCGAGGUCUCCACCAAGUCAGCGUCCAGCGGUUUCGUCGUCAUAUCAGCGUCCGUCCAACCCGCCAGCCAGUCAGCGCCGGUCGGAUGAUCGGGCAUCUCUGCCGAUCAUUCGGCAUGGUAGGAUGUUUGGCAGAUUGGACGUUAUCCCCACGGAUCGGGAAUUGGAUGCGCCGAGGAAUGCGUGCCACAACUGUUGGGAGAAAGGACAUCGCUUGUCGCAGUGUCCACAAGACAUACGCUCGUUUUGUUGGAACUGUGGCAGGCGAGGAGUUGUCCUCUCUUCGUGCCCGCGUUGUGCAAAGGUGCAUAAGCGGGACAUGAUGCGUCAGUUUGGUGAGGCCGAGUACGAGGACCAUCGGCGACGUCGCGCCGAUUAUUAUGAGGAUCGGCAUCAGGUUCAACGCCAAUACGAACGAGAUUAGCGCCCCCACCGAUUUGCCCCCAUCAGCGUCGAUGUCAGCGUCCAGAGAGAGGGGAUCUCUUCUGGAGGAUAUAAGGGUUUUGGAGGACCAGUUGGCCAGAUGAAUUGGAUCAGAUGGCAAGGGCACAAUUUUUGGAUGAGCGACGGGUCAAUUACUUACGACAUUUUUAGUACCUUGUACCCCCCCCUUUAUUUCUGAAAUAAAUCUGUUUCUUGAAGUCAGCGUUUAAUUUUUCGUUUUGGGUUUUGAACGGCGAUAUUAGCGGGCUAUUAUCAGCCUAGGGGAGGGGUUUGUAACGAUGUAAAUCGUUCCUUAUAUGUAAUGUCGUUGAGUUAGUGUUUUGUCCCUCUCGGUCCGUCAGCGUGCUAUGAACAGGUGUUCAUAGCAAGUCUUGGAAUUGGGAUUCUCGCACGUGUGUGUAGAUUUAGGGUCUCAUUGUCAGCGAUGGUUCCCGUUUCCCGAGACAGGUUGUGAUAUUGGGCAGUUUUGCGGUCGAUAGCCAGUCGAUAUUCUACAGCGGUCUAUUCGAGUCAUUCUUGUCAUAAGAUUAUACUUACGUAUUACUUUGUCGUUUUUAUUUGUAUUAGUGCAGUUGCACGAUAGUAUUAUUUCAGUAUAAUUAUAAUAAAUAUUAGCGGUUAAUUACCCGUAGUCUAAGUGAUUUCUACAGUACCUUUCAUUUGCAUUCUGUCAGCGUUGUCGGCGUCCAGCAGUCAUUUGGUCAACGUGGGUGAGUCAUAUUAUAAAUCUUGGGAAUCACUAAUGCACCAGUGGUUCUUUUUGGUUGGGAAUCUCCCUUUGAGAGUUUUUCAGUAAGUAAUAAGAGCGUUUCGAUAAUGUGGAAGGUGCACGCGAGUUUCUAAUAACGCGCGGAAUUCCAUCAUUACACUUUAUUAAAGCUUGUAAUUAAAAGUUCCGGAACCAUCACGUAAAGCUUUAAGUGUUUAUUAAUGCUUCGGCGUGUGUGGGAAGGAACGUUUUUGAAACAAGUCUGCCCAAAGGGAAAAAUAAUGACAUUAAUAAAAAAGUAAUAAUUUUUCCACAGAGGAAAGAAGAAAGCAACGCGAAGAGGAGAAUCUGCGCGAAGGUAAUUUUUUUACUAUCUUUUUUCUUAACCAAUAAAUUAGACAAAGAAACAAAAUGACGGUUGAUUGAAUAAUCAACCUCCCGUAUAGAAAAAUUUCGUGGCACUAGCUAGUAGUACUAGAUACAAUGCUAUUUUGUAUGCAAUCUAGCGCUACUAGCUACCCGGACAGCACCGAAACUUCCCUGAACCUUGACUGAACCUCGCUUGACAAGGUUCGGGAACUU